GUCGGGGAGGAAGUGGAGGGCCUGGCCUCACCGUUCCCACCUCUGCAUUCACCACUGUCCUGGGCAGGUGGGCUACAGGAGGGGGAAGGAAUCUUCCCUCCGUUUCUCCUCAUGCGGAAGCCCUUCCUGUCGUCCAGGCAAGAUGGGUUGAGGGUGUGAGCUGACUUGCGUACGUGGAAGUAGAGGGUAGGGGGCCAAUGAGCAUGUAUUUAAGAACUGCCUAUUUCAACUCACUUGAGAAAAUCUAUUCAGAAAAGGAAAACUAUCCUAUUCCCGAACCAGGCCCAAAUGGUGGCAGGCAGUAUCUAUAGAAGCUCAUCCUCUCCCUCACACCCAGUCCUCGCCCACCCCGCCCCACCUUCCCUGAGAACCACAGCUUCGGUGUGAACAUCAGAUCGAAGGCAGCUUUCCUUAGUGUCUCCAGAGCUUUGCUACUCAAAGAUGUGCUGCUGAAGAUGCAUUCUGUUGGAAUUUGUGGCUCGGAUGUCCACUACUGGCAGCAUGGUCGAAUUGGGGAUUUUAUUGUGAAAAAGCCCAUGGUACUAGGGCAUGAAGCCUCUGGAACAGUCAUAAAAGUGGGGUCGUUGGUAAAGCACCUAAAACCAGGUGAUCGUGUUGCCAUUGAGCCUGGUGCUCCCCGAGAAAUUGACGAGUUCUGCAAGAUUGGCCGAUACAAUCUGUCACCGUCCAUCUUCUUCUGUGCCACGCCUCCUGAUGACGGGAACCUCUGCCGAUUCUACAAGCACAACGCGAACUUCUGCUACAAGCUUCCUGACAAUGUCACCUUUGAGGAAGGGGCCCUGAUUGAACCACUGUCUGUGGGGAUCCAUGCCUGCCAGCGAGGUGGCGUCACCCUGGGGAACAAGGUCCUGGUGUGUGGAGCUGGGCCCAUUGGGCUGGUCACCUUGAUUGUGGCCAAGGCUAUGGGAGCAGCUCAAGUGCUGGUGACUGAUCUGUCUGCCUCUCGAUUGUCCAAAGCCAAGGAAGUCGGGGCUGAUAUAAUCCUGCAGAUCUCCAAGGAGAGCCCUCGGGAAGUGGCCAGUAAAGUGGAAGGUCUGCUGGGCUGUAAGCCGGAGGUCACCCUCGAGUGCACAGGGGCAGAGGCCGCCAUCCAGUCGGGCAUCUAUGCCACUCGCUCUGGCGGGACCCUGGUGCUGGUGGGACUGGGCUCUGAGAUGAGCACUGUCCCGCUGGUGCAUGCAGCCAUCCGGGAAGUGGACAUCAAAGGCGUGUUUCGAUACUGCAAUACGUGGCCAAUGGCGAUUUCUAUGCUUGCAUCCAAGUCUGUGAAUGUAAAGCCCUUAGUCACCCAUCGGUUUCCUCUGGAAAAAGCUCUGGAGGCCUUUGAAACAACCAAAAAGGGAUUGGGGUUGAAAGUCAUGCUCAAGUGUGACCCCGAUGACCAGAAUCCUUGAAUUGGGUUCUGCCCUCAUCCUCACCCUCUCGGCAUCUCAGGGCUGAAUGGCUGGGCAGGGUUGGGCUUUGGUGCAGAAGAUUCUUUUGAAUGGUAAGAAUAAUUAAAAUAAUUCAUUGCACAGAGCAGCUGACAGGCCUUAGAGACACAAGUACAGAUGGUUUAGGGGACCUGGUAACAAGAAGGACCUAUUCAUGUGGGGCAAAGUUGAGCAAGUAGAGUCAUUUGGCAGGCAGGUGCUGGGAACUUCCCUUCUUCCUGGAGUGCCUUCCUUGAGUAAGGAGUGAAAGUUGGCCCUAGGUUCCUGGUUCUCCCUGACUGGUUAGGAGCGGGGUGGGGGCAGUGUUAUAAAGAGACAACUUCCUCAAAACUUAAUUGCCUCAGAAGUUGAUUUUUUGAAAAUUUGCAGCUCGGGCUUUGGGGUGAGGGAUCGUUAGCCAUUUUAGUUGGGAGCUCAUUGUUGGUAAAGAAUAGUGCUCUUUGGUUUGAUGAUGAAGGAGAAUAAGAAAAAGGACUGACUUUCUUUGGUUCAGGACAAUUUUAAAACCAAUCAAAUGAAUACAACCCAAAUCCCAUGUGAAAUCAAACAAGCUUGCCUCCCCCCAAGUGUGAUAAUAGGAGACUUCUCAACAGUCUUUGAAGACUGCCUCUUUAAAGCCUCAGAAUUGUCCAUUUUGCUUGUGAAGAACCACCUUCCCACCCCCACCCCACCCCAACACACACACACCCUUAGGCUCCUUCCCUUGUUACAGGGCAACCAGGAGUCUCUCCCACCUAAGCACAGUCAGGGAGGCCCUUCCAUAGUACCUCAGAGGAGCCCAGGAUGCCUGACUGCCCGCCCCACAGGAUAGCAGCCCUUCCUAGGUUCACUCUCACUGGUGAUUAUGAGGCAAUCACAAUUAGUUCUGAUUAGUAUAGACGGAAAACCUUUCCCCUUCUCAUAGUCAGUGAAGGCUCUUGGCAUCUUUCGGUCCAUCGGAAUGACAUCGCUGAACUCGUCUUAUGUUAAUCAUGAGGUUUUCCUGUGGAAGAUUUUGAUCCAAAUCACAGCAUGCCCAUUUGUAACUUCCAGAUUAUUAAUCAAGAAUGAGGAUAUAGUAGCCAUGACAUAACUCGGGCUGUUCUCACUUCAGCUGCCAUGGAGGGUGUUUGAAGAGGUUCUGUUUCUGUGUGUGUGUGACAGGGAAAGACUGUGGCUGGUGCCUGGAUCUCCUCAAAUUGCUUGAGUAAUAAAAUCUGUUGAAUGCUGCACA